AUGCCUAUGAAUUUCCCGUUUGAGGUCUCAUCUGAGAAUCCUGUACAUCAGAACUAUCGAAAAGUAUUGGUAACUUACCAGAAAUUUAUUGAUGAAUUGGUACCAUAUACGAGGUAUAGAUGGCUAGCGUUUGCAGUUUUGAUUUUAUUGUUUUUCACGAGGAUAUUUCUUACCCAAGGCUGGUACAUUAUUUGCUAUGCUUUGGGUAUCUAUUUGCUAAAUCUAUUUUUGGCGUUUUUGACACCGAAAUUUGAUCCAUCUUUAGAGCAAGAAAUGAAAAAUGAGACAAUCGAGGAAGGAAUGGAAGAGGAGAUGCAGCAACUGCCGGAAAACGGCGACGAAGAAUUUAGACCAUUUAUAAGGAGAUUACCCGAGUUUAAGUUUUGGUACAAUGCAACAAGAGCUAGUUUGCUCAGCUUGUGCUUAACAUUCUUUAGUAUCUUUGACAUACCCGUUUUUUGGCCAAUUUUGUUAAUGUAUUUCAUUGUUUUGUUCACACUCACAAUGAGAAAGCAGAUCCAGCAUAUGAUAAGAUAUAAGUAUUUACCUUUUGAUAUUGGUAAAACUCGUUACAGAAAGGGUUAA